AUGGAAGAUACUACCUGCACCACAAACCUCACGGACGUCGUGCGCUCGGUGCAGCUGCUCACGAUCAAUGGCUACUCCAUGACCAAGACCAUGGACAGCGACGACGGUUGCAUCAAAUCCAGGUGGAACGUCUACGGCUACGACUGGGAGAUCCACCUGUAUCCUGCAGGGCUGUCGAAUCGAUCCCGUAUGUCUUUAGCCUUGAAGCUCGUCUUCGUCGGUGAAGCCCGUACGAGCAGCGUGAGGGCCAGCCUAGCCUGUCAGCUCGUAGAUCCACAGGGGGACCUCAACCCCUCCAAAGAAGAGAGGCAAGCAGGGACAUUCAAGCGCGCCCAGGACAGCUCGUCUCCCGUUUUCGUCAUGGAAAUGUCUGCUCUUGAAAAAUCUGCCUAUCUCAAAGAUGAUUCUUACACCGUGCAGUCCACCAUCACCGUGCUCAAGGAGACACCCGGUUCAGCAACGAGCUCGGUUCAUGGAGCGGACGUCCUCCCGUCCUCCGACCUGCGCCGGCACCUCGGCGAGCUCCUGCGGAGCGAGGCCGGAGCGGACGUCACGUUUCUUGUCUCCGGCGAGUCCUUCGCCGCGCACAAGGCCGUGCUCGCCUCAAGGUCUCCCGUGCUCAUGGCCGAGUUCUUUGGGGAAACGAAGGAGGAGAGCUCUGCCCGCGUCGAGGUCAAGGACGUGGAGCCGGAGGCAUUUCGGUCCAUGUUGCACUUUGUGUACACCGACACGGCGCCUGAACUGGAUCAAUCGCCGGAGACGGUUGUGGUUAUGGCUCGGCGUCUGCUUGCAGCUGCUGACAGGUAUGGGCUGGACAGGCUGAAGCUGAUUUGUGAGUGCAAGCUCUCUGACGGCACUGGCGUCGACACGGCUGCGGCGACUCUGGCUCUGGCCGAGCAGCGUGGCUGUGCCCUGCUCAAGGCCAAGUGUUUGGAGUUCAUCGUCAGCACUCCUGAGAUCCUUGAUGCGGUCAUGGCGACGGAGGGGUAUAAGGAACUGGAGGCAAGCUGCCCUUCGGUUCUGCGCCAGCUUCUCAAGUCUGCACGUGGAAGAAUGUGUAGCUAG